AUGCCACCGCCCAACACUCCGGAAGAAGGGCUAAUAGCUACCACCGCAACCCUCGCUCUCCGACCUUUAAUGAGUGGUGAUCCUACCGCUACUACCCUAGAUCUCCGAGCCCUUGAAUACGAAGAUAGCGUUGACGAGAACCUCAUAUGUCCCAUAUGCCGAGUCCCAUUUAUCUCUCCGGUUAUUACAAAUUGUGAUCAUGUCUUCUGCCAUAGAUGCAUCGUUCAAGCCCACGCUCUAAAUCCCGUCUGCCCUGUUGACAGACUUCCUUUAAAGCUCGUGUCCGAGACACGACCCGCGCCGAAGAUCGUCCAUAAUCAGCUUGAUAAUCUAUCUGUCAAGUGCCCCAAUAGUUCCCGUGGCUGUGAUCUCAUAGUUUCUCGAUCCUUAGUCGAAAAUCACGUUGCGCGGUAUUGUGAUAAGACGCUCGUACCAUGCCCGCACCCGUCCUGCAAUAAGUCAGUAAUCCGAAAGGAUAUAGGGAAAGGAUGUCUCCACUACGAUGUUAAAUGCGAAUACUGCGAGCAGGUAAGGCAGAAGGCGGAUCUAGAAGAACACCAAGACACCGAAUGUCCGAAUCGCAAGACGGAAUGUGCGUUGUGUAAUAUUGAAUAUGUACGGCACAAGCAGGAGGAACAUUCAAAAGAGUGCCCCGAAGCCCAAACUAGCUGCAAGUUUGCCUUAUUUGGCUGUGAGCAACUCGUCAAGCGGUGGCAGCUGGAGGAUCACGCACUCAAGUGCGCAUAUCGAGUUGUUGGGCCUGUAGGAGAGCAGUUGGCCGAACUUCGAGCCGAACUUAACACUCUCCAGGAGAGAGAUCGACUAAAAGAUCGACGAAUCAAGUUCCUCGAGAACCGAGGAUUUCCGCUGCCGACACCGACCUCGUCAGAGCCCAUGUCGGAUAUCAAUUUACCAGAGAACAGCUCAACCCACGAGGACAGCGCACCUUACGAGUCUCGAGAUCAGUAUUUCUUAUCCUUAUUCGAGGCCAUGGAGUCCAAGGUUGAGCGCCUUUCUACUGCGCUUAACGAAGUCGAAGGACGACAUUCGAUGAUGCUUUUUAAUGAGAGCUCGCAGAUCAAGGACCAGCUUACCGAGAUUCGGAGCACUAUGGGCGUGCUCGGGAUGCAUGUUAGGUGGCUCAUGAACUUCAGAUUGCAAGAGAGAGGUAGGGCUGGGACAUCCUCCCCGGCCAUGCCAAACUCCUUCUCUGGCAACCAGGCGAACAUUAUUGACGACAAUAUAUCCCGACGUAUGAUUGUUAACUUACGAGAGCACCCGCCUCGGUUAUAG